CUCUUUCAAUUCACCGUUUAAUAAGACUUUUACGUUUCCGUCCGACGAAGUAUUACCGGAAAAUCAGCUUCGAUUGUAGCAAAAUAUUUCAAUUUUGUUAAGCAGUGCUAAAUUAACUAAUCAAUCUAGGGUUUUUGAAACGGUAUCGGUGAAGCAAUGGCAAAGGGGAGGCUAAAUCGGCAUCAAGGAAAGAGAUCAUCAACGGUAGUUUUAGUACUUUCGAUGCUCUUAAUGCUUACAGUUGUGCUUCUAAUGCUUCUCGCUCUCGGCAUUUUCAAUCUUCCGGUUGGUUCCGAUGAUGAGCCGUCCUCUGCUCACGAUCACAUCAAGUUCAAGCGCCUCUCUUUAGAUAUAGGGGAAGGCGAUGGACUGGGGGAAAGAGGGGAUCAAUGGACGGAGAUUCUAUCUUGGGAGCCCCGUGCUUUUGUUUACCACAAUUUCUUGUCCAAGGAAGAAUGUGAAUACUUGAUAAAUCAAGCUAAACCUCACAUGGUGAAGUCAACAGUUGUUGAUAGCAAGACCGGUCAGAGUAAAGAUAGCAGGGUUCGUACAAGUUCAGGAAUGUUUUUGAGGAGGGGACGAGAUAAAGUUAUCAGAAAUAUUGAGAAGAGGAUAGCAGAUUAUACAUUCAUUCCUGUAGAACAUGGAGAAGGUCUACAAGUUUUACACUAUGAAGUUGGACAGAAGUAUGAGCCUCAUUUUGACUACUUUCUUGAUGAAUUCAACACCAAAAAUGGGGGUCAACGUAUAGCUACUCUUCUCAUGUAUCUAUCAGAUGUAGAAGAAGGGGGUGAGACUGUUUUCCCAGCAGCAAAAGGAAACUUCAGCUCCAGUCCUGGGUGGAACGAGCUGUCAGAAUGUGCCAAAAGGGGCCUCUCCGUCAAACCAAAGAUGGGUGAUGCUUUGCUUUUCUGGAGCAUGCGACCUGAUGCUUCUUUAGAUCCGUCAAGUUUGCAUGGUGGUUGCCCUGUGAUUAAAGGGAACAAAUGGUCGUCUACCAAGUGGAUGCAUGUCGGUGAAUACAAGCUAUAAUUCUCUUUCAAAAAGAUUGCUUCUUCUAGGUGAGGUACAAGCAGUAAUGGAUCACAACCCUUUAAAAGUUGAAGAAUGGUGGCUUACUUGGUCGUUCGCCUCUGAUGAGAUGUUUAUAAUGCCAGGCUUAUACUACAUAUACGCGAGUCAUUGGCUUGCCAGUUUUGAAGAAUUAUGCCUAUUUAUGGUUUCUUGUAAACGGGUAGUUAGGUGAGAAUAGUUGGCGGCUAACUGUGUUAGAAAGGGAGAUUUAGAGCUGGAAUUAUGUGAUAUGUUGUACGGUGCUAGCUUUUCUAGAUUGUUUGAUUUGUUACAGUGUCAA